AUGAGCGUGAGGACCCAGAGCGGCACAUCUCUGACUGUAAAGAAAACAAGAGCGCCUGCCGCCAAAAAGGAGGCCCCCAAGACAACGAGGACAGUCAAGAAGCCGACCGCGCCGGCGAAGCCGUCUCCUCCUCCGCAGAGUCAACCAUCUCAAGCCCCUCAAAGAAAGCCAAGCCCGGCUGCUGCGUCGGAAGAUGAUAUGGACAAACUGACGGCUGGCAUGAAGAAGGUCAAGAUCAACUUGAUCACAAAGACGCAGAAGGAAGAGCGGGCUAAAGCAGCGCAAGCCGCGCAAGCCAAGGCGGCGAUACCAUCUGCAACCGAAGAGGCAAAACCUGCUUUCCCAGCUCAGGUCGCGACCCCUACUGCACCCUCGCCAGUGGCACCUCCGACGGUCACUCCUCCGCAAGAAGAGGCUUUCACAACACCACCGACGCAGCCUCCGGCUUUCGAAGAUCUAUCAUUGGCGGCUGCUCCAUCGGGCUGGCCUGAAGUAUCCACUCCGGUAACGGAGCAAAUGCCCGUGGCCGUAACUCCCGACCCCCGUCAGCUAGAGCUCCCCGUCAGUUCGCCGGUCACAUCUCCGGCGGUAGCGACGCCGUCAGACUCGGACGUGUUCAUCAACUAUCAACCCGACGGUCCAACGCCCGUAUCUAUGACGCCACAAGAACCUUUGAAGUGGCUGCCGCCCAACAUGAAUACGCCGGUCAAGACUUCUCCGUCCAAGCUGUCAUCGGCUAAACUAUCGCCGAACAAGAAGUCGCCAGCCAAGAUGAUGCGGGCAGACCUACCAGUGUUCACGUCAACCUCGGCAAUCCCGUUUGCGCCGCAAGACCCCCAUGGCAUGCUGGAGGUGAAACAGGAAGCGGCCGUUAAGGCGGAUCCAGAGGAACCAGCCAAGUCGAUCUGGGAAAUUCCCGAGACCCCGCAAAAGUGA